GUACUGAAUGACACUGCCCACAUUUCACAUCAAACUUCCUCCCUAAACACCACAUAUUCUUAAACUUCAAAUAAAAAUGUCUCAUCCAGCCAAGCUUAUAGUGUGCCACUCCAACUCUGCGUUGUGUUUAUCGGCAUUUAGCACUAAUGUUCAAGCUCUGAGCUAAAAGCUACAGUUUCUCCUCAACUCCUGCCUCUCAAUUGGUGGAGAAUGGUCAGCUGACGUUGUCAUAUUGUCUCUCACCGAGCCAAGCCUCGGCUAUAACACUCGGGUUUGUGCGUCUUAACCGGAGAUUGAAAAUUAAUAAUAUUGAAUCCUCAAAGUAGCCCACGUCCAGUUAGAGAAGCAGAAAGUCACGGAGAAAAAAAGAAGACCUUGGAGAAAGGUGUGGUUGGUUGACACAGACGGGAAGGAGAUUUACUGAGAACGAGAUUGAAAAGAGACCGAUAAAGACGUGGGGAGAGUUGGAGAGAGGGUUACAGGCAAGGUAUGAAUUCUUAUUUCGCAAACCCGUCGCUCUCCUGCCAUUUAUCCGGUGGUCAAGAUGUUUUGCCUAACGUACCCCUAAACUCCACCACCUAUGACACAGUCAGACAUUUUUCGUCGUACGGUGCUGCUGUGACCCAGAAUCGGAUAUAUGCACCUUUCUACUCUCCUCAAGAUAAUGUCGUUUUUGGGUCUGGCAGGGCACAAUAUGAAUAUGGAUCAAACGUGUUUCUUCAAGACAAGGACGUGCUCCCCAGUUGCAGACAAACAAACAUGGGACUCAAUACACAAAGCCACAUUGCUCAAGAAUACAGUUUGGAUCAAGGAAGAGCAGGAGCGCAGGAUCAGAAAACCAACAUCCCGAUCUACCCGUGGAUGCAGCGAAUGAACUCACACAGCGCAGGAGUGGGCUACGGGACAGACAGACGCAGAGGACGUCAAAUAUACUCUCGUUACCAAACACUCGAGCUGGAGAAGGAGUUUCACUUCAACCGCUACCUGACCAGGCGCAGACGCAUCGAAAUCGCAAACGCGCUUUGUUUAACAGAGCGGCAGAUCAAAAUCUGGUUUCAGAACCGACGCAUGAAAUGGAAGAAAGAGAGCAACCUGACCUCCACCGUAACUGGAAGUGAACAGACAGGAGCCUCUCCAGAGGAGGAACGCAAUGGCGAAAUUGAAGAAGAGAAGGAUGAGGACAAGAAGAAAGAAUAGUUUAAAAAAGAAGAGGAGAAAAAAAAUACCUGAUGACCAUCAAAACCCAACAUAACUACCUAAAAAAAUCUAUAUGGACUUGAGAGCGACUUCACUGCAUGAUGGCUACCCGCAGCUCUCACACUUAUAUCCCAUGUUGACUACAGGACUGUUGAGCCUGAGAAAUCCAGAUUAUUUCAGCCACAGCCCCUGUGACAUUUGGAGCGCUGACUUUUUUUUGUUUUUGUUUGUUAUUGCAAUGUCACUUGUAUUGUGAAAAUAAAAAGAAGUAUUCAUUUCUACGUUAUUUCUUAUGCCAGUAAAAUCUAUGUGUUAUCCCCACCACACCCCAUCCAUCACUGUGAACUCUUUGAUCACCUCACAAAAUACAGUGUUGGUCAGACUUAACUCAAUGUUGUACAUGCCCAUUCCACGGAAGGAAAGGACCGGCGGACACUUUAUUUUAUAGUAUCUAGUACUUGAAUCAUCCGCAGAAAAGUGUCCUGCAUAAACAUGAAAGUUGCACGAAUAAAGACUAUAGUCCCCCCACCACACACACACACACACACACACACACACACACACACACACACACACACACACACACACACACACACACACACACACACACCUGAAAUGCCUGUAAAUAAUCAACAGUAUACUAUGUAAAUCCUGUGAGGACUUAGGUGCAUUUAGCCGCUUUAAUAGACGCUGCAUAACAAACAAUUGCGCUUAGCCCCUUUUUCUGAUCAUUUGAAACAAUAGGCUUUCCUCGUGAGAUAGAUUUGUACACUAGUAAUUCUUCACUUCUGUUUUGGAGUUACGAAUUCAUGUUUUGUCAUAAUUGUGUAUCAUGGAAUAAAAUAUUUGUAAAAAUGUCA